AUGAAUUCCUACUUCACCAACCCGUCCUUGUCGUGCCACCUCGGCGGCGGCCAGGAGGUUCUGCCCAACGUGGCGCUCAACUCCAGCUACGACCCCGUGCGGCAUUUCUCCAGCUACGGCGCGGCCGUGGCUCAGAACCGCAUCUACUCCUCGCCUUUCUACUCGCCCCAGGACAACCCGGUGGUGUUCGGCUCGGGCCGCUCGCCCUACGAGUACGGCUCGAACGCGUUUUACCAGGACAAGGAGGUGCUGAGCAGCUGCCGGCAGAGCUCGGUCGGGGGGCACGGCACCCCCAAUUCCAUCGCGCAGGAUUUCCCCAGCGAGCAGAGCCGGAGCGCGGCGGGGCAGGAGCAGAAAUCCGGCAUCCAGAUUUACCCCUGGAUGCAGAGGAUGAAUUCGCACAGUGUCUGUUUUGUCUCGGCUUCUUUAGGGGUCGGCUACGGGGCCGACCGCCGGCGGGGCCGCCAGAUUUAUUCCCGGUACCAGACGCUGGAGCUGGAGAAGGAAUUCCACUUUAACCGCUACCUGACCCGGCGGCGCCGCAUCGAGAUCGCCAACGCGCUCUGCCUGACCGAGAGGCAAAUCAAAAUCUGGUUCCAGAACCGCCGCAUGAAGUGGAAAAAGGAGACGAACCUCAGCUCCACGCUGGCCGGAGGAGGAGGAGGAGGAGGGGGAGCGGCGGCCGCCGACAGCUUGGCCAAGGAGGAGAAGCGCGAUGAGACAGAGGACGAGAAGAAGGAGUGACACCUCCAGCUUUUUUGAUUUUAUUUUCCCCCUUUUUUCCUCCAUUUCCAUCAUUUUUUUUUUACCCUUCCCACUUUG